UUGCGAAGUAGCUGCACGUUUUAUCCGUCUUCGUUCGUUAAAGGUGAUUACAUCUAUUGGAGCGACUGGGAGCGGCGUUCGUUGAGCCGUGCAAAGAAACGCGACGGAAGUGACCGUAUUGUCCUGCACGAAAAUAUUCCUGAUCUGAUGGGCAUCAAGGCCGCUUAUCCGAAGCGCAUUUCGAAUGUCUCCAACGGCUGUGCGGUGAAGAAUGGUGGCUGCUCGCACCUGUGUCUCUACCGUCCACUUGGCCUGGUGUGCAUGUGUCCAGUCGGAUGGGAGCUGGACGCCAACGGCGAGACGUGCAUCAUUCCCGAAGCGUUCCUGAUGUUCACGCAGCGCGAUAUCGUACGUGUUUCUCUGUCUUCAGAGCCUAGGGGAUUGCGGGACAACGGUGUAGAGGAGCUUAUCGUCCAUGCCGAUCCGUCUUCUGCCAAUGGCGGAAAUAUAUCUGAACGUCAAGCAUUAAAGCACGCCCCUCGCGACAUUCUGCGCGUGUCACUGUCCAGCUUCCCGACUAACCUGGACAGUCUGCGUCUGCACAAUGUCAGCCAGCCGCUGGCUCUCGAUUUUCACUACAAGAGCAAUCGCAUUUACUGGACUGGCUCCGAAGGCACGACAGGGACAAUAUGCAGAGCAUACCUUAACGGCAGUAACAUGGAACUGAUCCUCACUGCCGGUCUCGAAUACAUGGAAGGGAUCGCGAUCGAUUGGUUGGCCGAAAAUCUCUACUGGUCUGAUUCUGGUCACCUACAUAUUGAAAUGUCAAAGUUAGACGGAAAGUCAAGACGUAUCAUCGUGUGGAAGAACACAAACCCUCGUGCUUUGGUUGUCCACCCGGCGGAAGGUUACCUUUAUUGGGCCGACUGGUUAGACCCGCCCACACUUCAGCGUUCUGAGCUGGACGGCAGAAAUCGCAUCACUCUUCUGAAGGACGUCGGUCGUAUAUUCGCCCUGACCCUUGACUACAGUUCUAACCGACUCUACUGGUCAGAGGUAGACGCGCCGAGCAUACAGAGUGUCGAUCUGAAUGGUGGCUCGCGUCGUUUCGUCGUUCAAGAACCGAACAUGAAGCCUACGGUACUGACGGAGUUCGGCGACUUUCUGUACUGGGCCAAUUGGCGGAAACAAUCGAUUGAAAUCAGCGACAAAGCGACCGGCCUUAACCGUUCCACGCUACAUCUCGAUUUGCAUUUUAUCAUUAACUUGAUCGCCGUCCACGCGUUGAAACAACGAGGCUGGAACCAUUGCGCAACGAGAAGAAACUACUGCGAGCAUCUGUGCAUAUUCAUGCCUGACCGUUCGCACAAAACGCCCUAUCGAUGCUCGUGUCCAUCGCACUACGCGUUGUCGUCCGACAAGAGGUCGUGUACUGCGCCCAAGAAGUUUAUAUUGUUUUCUCAGCAUUCAACGGUGCGACGAAUGAAGGUAAAGGAACGGCAAGACAUGGAAGAGUAUCCAAUCGUAGAAGACGUCAGACUGUCGCAUGUUGACCUGGAACAGGCUUUCGACAUCGCCCUCGACCCUUACAGUCAGACACUGUUUUGGACUUGUGAGUUGACGAACAGCGUCAACGCGACACGGCUUCUCGCUGGCGAAGUGCGACCUGUCGGUACCAUCAUCGCGAACGCCCAGUACAAACCACGAUCGCUGGCAAUAUAUCCCAAGAAA